GGAGGAGAAGCUGCUUAGUUCGGUGGCCAACUACUUCGAGUGAACUUCGUUUGUGAUAUUUACUAAAAUUAUCAUCUGAUCUUGGUGGAUUUUUUGUUUUAGUAUUAAUUUUUAUUCUAUUUUGCGCUUUUUAUUUUUGAUUUGUGGAAGUUGGAGUUACAUGUUAAGUAAGACGAUGUUAGUUCCUGUGAGUUUGGGUAUUGUUAUGGUCGUGAUGCUGAUGUUUACACAGCCAACGAGGUCUCUGCCCAUAUCAGGCAAUCUUUCAGACUUGUAUAGUCCCAGAAAAAGAUGUAUUAACCCAGAGGAGUGCUGCAAAUAUCAAAGAUCGUCUGAAGAAUUCGUCCAAUGCUCUAAUGACCGCGGUUGCUCUCUAAUCACGUGUGUUGGCCUUCAAGGCAAUGAUAAUAUUGCACACAAUGUAAACUGCAAGGAUGCCUGGGCAUGCUGCCGCUUCCUACAACAGUCUUCAGAGUUUAUGCAAUGUUGUGCAGACCAUAAUUGCUGUCCAAUGUGUGACAAAGUCUCAAAAGGUUGCUGCUACAACAAAAAAAUGUAUUGGUGGGGAAGUGUAGUGGAGGAGCUGCCAGGGCUGUGUCUGGAGCUGGUAUGUGCUGCACACCUCUCAAACUCUCCCCCCUUCUUAACCGCUCUCAUUCUGCCAGUCAGAUCCACUACGGAGAUCUGUGAAGGAAUGUGGAUUGAUGACAACUUGACGUUCUCCUGUGUUGAUGACACCGGAUUAGUGAGGGCCGAAGGUGACGAAUGGCGUCCAGACGAGUGUCACCUGUGCCAGUGCCAAGGUGGUAGUGCCGUCUGCAUAAAGCUGGAGAUACAGUGCCCUCCCUCACCUCACAGCUCUUGUCUUGAAGUUCCUUGUACUUGUUGUCCUCGAUGGGAAUGUCCAGUUGAGCUAACGGAGCAGCACUUAAACGAUUCCAGUGAAAUAGCCCUCAGGUCGGGCUUCUCGGUUCAUCAUUAUGGGGGACACCGAACCUGGUCUAUUUGGAAACCUCUUGAGGGUAUCAAACAUUAUCUAUCUUCUCUCCAUGGCAAGAUUCCAUCAGUGCCCAGUACGGGUCCUUGUCAGUCGUUGCACGACAUUGGGAAGACUUGGUCUACGAAUGAUCCCUGUUCUAAGGCUGUCUGCACACGCACAGGAAUCCAGAUCACACGAGAGAAGUGUAGUGGUGGUCCUCUGCACCCAAACUGCCUCCAGUUUACACCCAAGGGAGAAUGCUGCCCUAAAUGGAACUGCAGUGGAUGCUUUGACAGUGCUGGGAAUUACUUCCACUAUAAAGUAGUGUGGGUGUCAAAGCCAUGUACGACGUUCGAAUGCACAGAACGUGGCAUAGAGCUCAAGCCGUGCACCCUUGGGCCCCAGCCUCACCCUUACUGCCAGCUCCUCGUACCCCGUGGGUCGUGCUGUGCCCAGUGGUCGUGCAGUGGUUGCUUCAAAGAUGGAAAGAACUAUCCACUUGGCAGUGAAAUUGGCACAAGUGACCCGUGCAUCACCUUGCAGUGUACUUACCGGGGAUUUGAGAGGAAAAUUAAGUUCUGUCCUUCGACGCCAGCUCCUCAAGAAAAUUGCUUCCAGUAUACCCCUGAGGGAGAUUGCUGCAAGAAAUGGAAUUGCAGCGGAUGUUUUGAUGCUGGGAAGAUCUAUCCUCUCCACCAUACAUGGAGCAGCGGUCCGUGUAUCACCUACGAGUGUACGAAUAGUGGGAUAGAGAAGACUGAGAAGCACUGCUACAUUACCCCUGCGCCCCACAAGGGCUGCAAGGAGGUUAUUCCAGAGGGCGCCUGCUGCCCCGAAUGGUCGUGUAGUCGGUGUUACAAGGACGGGAAAUACUAUGAUGUAGGGAGCGAGACAAUCGCCAAGGAUCCCUGCGUCACCUUGAGAUGCACAGAAAAUGGUAUAGAGAUGAUUUAUAAAUCUUGCUUUGGAACACCGGCGCCGGAGAAACACUGCUUCGAAUACAAAACCGAAGACGAUUGUUGUGAGAAAUGGAACUGCAGUGGAUGUGUUGAUCAACAAGGCGACUACUACCCACUGUGGCAACCUCGGAAGAUCGACCCCUGCACCACUGUGGUGUGUACCACAGAUGGCCUGAAACCCAUUGUCGAGUCGUGUCACUUGGAAACUCGACCCCACCACAGCUGUCGACAACACACUCCAGAGGGAGUCUGCUGUCCUCAGUGGGAUUGUAGUUCUACUACAACCUUGGCUACCAUCGAACCCUUUCUGAACGGCUGUGUGGACGAUUCUGGUGUUUUGCGUCAGUUUGGACAAGAAUGGACCGAUCUUUUUGACAAUUGCAAGCAACUGUUGUGUGGUGCAGACGGAGUAGUAAUCGAAAAUAAUCUGUGCUUUCCAGAGGAACUUUCAGACGCGGCGUAACGUUUAUGAAGGAUGAAUUGGAGCACGACUGUGAAGACUGUGGCUGCAGGCUGUACAUAGUUCCUUUAUUAUGUAAAUUUUACGUUUGUCUAAUAAAUCGUUUAACAAC